AUGGCAGACUUGCAGUCCCCGGCCUCGAUGGGCCCUUCUCCGGUACCAUCCAGCGAUCACAGAUCUCGCGCUCCACCAAAAGCUCGUUCAAAAUCAAGACCUUCGCGCAGACGAGAUUCCUCCCCGUCCCCCGGUCCGCCUUCCUCUCCACCUGGUCUCCCAACGCCCGCAUUCUCCCCGGACGGUCAAACAGACGAAGAUGAUCUCGUUGAAGAAACUUUAUCACCCUUUGACGCACGUAGGAUCACCCCAACUCUCCAUGCGUCGCUGGUAUCAGAGAUCCUCUCGCUACGCCGGGAGGUGGAAAACAAAACCAAGGCCAUCGAUGGACUGGAGGAAAGCUUGGACGAAUCAAGGACGGAAAACGAAACGCUAUCCAAAAGUUUAUCCCAGGUGACCCGGGAAGGACGCUCGUUGAAACAUCAAAUCCAGCUGUUGGAAGGCGGGACGUCAUCUGCGAUGGCCGAGCUGGCCCGGGAGCGCGACGAAGCGGUCCAAAACAUCGGUGAUGUCCGUAAAAAGCUUGAGCAGGCACAAAAGAAAACUCGGAAUCGUGAAGAGGAUCUCGAAAACACGCAAUUACUCUGGAACCGUGAUCAGGACUCCUGGGCGGAUGAACGACGCAAAUUGGAGCGCAAGAUCCAUGUUGCAGAGGGCCGUCUGAAAACUGUGUUGAACGAGGUCGCAGCCGCCCAGGAAGUCGCAACUCUCCAUUCACAUUCGCAACCGAGCGAAAAUGGCGAUGCCGAUAAAGCUAAGGAAAGUGACUCCGCUAGUAUCGCGUCUAGUAGCUUAGGCCGCAGGCGUACCAGUGUGACCACCCUCAGCUCAGAUGACGGCGAAGACCAGGCCCAGUUCCGUAAUGUGCGGUACUCCGUUAUAAGUAUUGCCCCUGGAUUUAAUAACAGCUCUGGGUUGAAUUUGGCUGAAGAACUCGAAUUUGAUGAAGAGGAUGAGUUUGUCCCAUCCGACGAUGAGGUUCCUUCCUCUCCAGAGGCUCUUCCUGAGGAGCGUCCAAUGUCAGUUCACUCACAGGCAUCGCAUAGCAUCUCUUAUAAAGCAAGGAAGCUUUUGGGUCUUUCUAUGCAGAGCUCGGAAUUUCCCGUUACCGCGGAUAUCCGUGCCAGAGAUGUCGAAACCGAUAGCCCCAUCAAGUCGCCCAAGGUGGCAGUCGAGUCUCGCGAUAUUGGGAUUCAGUACUCGCCUCCUCCGUCGCCCACAAUCGCGGCGACCGCCGUGGAGAUCCAUGUUUCUGGGUCGACACAUGUCCCAGGAUGGAGAAACGAGAAUACAGAGGCUACAAGCAGCCCUGAGAUGAAGGAUACUGCAACACUCACAAUUGCAACCGAGAUGGUCUCUUCCGCUUGCCAGACUGUGGGCGAACCCCCGAGUCCCCGUGGACGCCCAAGGUGA